AUGCCAAAUCGUCAACCUCAUAAAUUGUUUUAUAAAGGUAAAGACACUGAUUUCGUAAUUUUUGUUGAAGAUCCUGACUUGCUUGCAAAAUAUAGGAAAAAUGAUACUACCAUUCCUUUAAUUGAUCUCGUAUCAAUUUUUAAAAUCUUUACCAAUAGACUGGCUGGUGCCAAUGGAGUAUUGGAUGAAGCUUCCAAAUCAGAAUUAUCCAAUGAAUUUGGGUCUUCUCAAGUUGAUUCAGCUAUAAAGGCUAUUUUAUUACAUGGAUCUGAUAAACAAGGAGCUGGUAUGGCUAAAGCAUUCAAUAGUAAAAAUGAUUCAAUGGGUGGUGGUGCUUCAGGUAAUUGA